UAAAUAUUAGAUUUGAAAUUCCUUUUUUAAUGCAAAACACCCUCAAAUUCGGAGAAAAAAGGAAUUAUGAUUUUUUUUUUCUUUAACAUGUUACAGAAAAUCCCAGAUUUGACAAAAUAAAUUAGAGAGAAAGAUAGAAAGAAAGAAAAAAAAAAAUCCUUGAUUUCACCAAACCUUUGAUUUUUGCUCAAAACCCUAUCCGCCAAUCACAAACCCUAGAUUUAUUCUCUUCAAAAUUCAAUAGUAAUCCCUCCAUUGCAUUUUUUUUAAUAAUAAUAUAAUAAAUUAUUUAUUAUAUUUAUUAUCUAACUUUGAUCUGUGAGUUUAUAGAUUCACAUUUGUACUCUUAUACUAAAUUGACAGUUCUUUUUUAGAAAUCAUUUCUUUUAAUUUUCCUUUCUUUAUUGCGUAAUUGAGUGCAAUCUGGUUCUGCAGAGGAGCUUUGAUUUCAGGGAGUACUAAAGUUGCCCCAGCAGUUUUGGGGCCAAUUUGGUGAAGUGAGUCUGAACUAUUUUCUUAAUUAAAUAUUUUUUCAGAUCAAUUUAGAGUAUUUAUUAUUUGGAAGUUUUGUUCAAGAUAAACUGGUGCUUUCGCCAAUUUGGCGAACUGGGUUUCCGUCGAUUUUCCAUUUUAAUCCAUUCUGUUGCUUAUUAAUAAUACUGUAUUGUGUGACAGUAAUAGAGAAAGAUAAGUGAUUCUUUUUUCUUUAAUUAUUUUUUAUGAGAAGGAGAUGAGAUGAAAGGGGUAUUGUCUAGUGUUGUGAGGUUUAAGGAGAGAUAAUGACUGGAGGGUCAUUGGGUUUAGGGAUUCGUUCUAGUAGUUAUGGAUCAUUGGAGAAGCAAUUUCAACAGCAAAACGGUGUUGGUGUUGGUGGUGUUAUUUUGCCCAACCAAACGACAAGCCGUCCUAAACCUGCUAAAAUGCUUAAAGAGAAAGAGCGGCUUUUUCAUUGGAUCUGUAAGAUUGUUGGCCGUAAAAAGGUUGGAAUGUUGUUCCUUUGUAUCAUCUCCGCUGCCGUUUUCGUCUGGGUUCUGUAUGUAGGAAAAGGUGAGGAUUCACAGGAAGGUGACCAUGUCUCAAACAUUACGUUUAAUAGCUCUUAUCCAUUUAGCAAUACAGAGAACAGGACUUCUAUAUCUAAGAACUUCAAUUUGCUGCCACCACAGCCACAGCCACCGCCACCGCCUCCUCCUACACCAUAUUUUCUGGGCUAUACUCUUCCUCCAGGGCAUCCAUGUAAUAGCUUUACUUUACCUCCUCCACCAGCUGAUAAGAAAAGAACUGGUCCACGGCCAUGUCCUGUGUGUUACCUUCCUGUGGAAGAAGCAAUUGCCUUGAUGCCAAAGUUCCCCUCAUAUUCUCCAGUAGUUAAGAAUCUGACUUAUAUCUACGAGGAUCCACUAAGUAGAGAUGGAGAAUUUGGAGGUUCAGAUUUUGGUGGUUAUCCUACUUUAAAGCAGAGAAGUGAAUCUUAUGAUAUUAGAGACUCGAUGAAUGUGCAUUGUGGAUUUGUCAGAGGACAAAGACCCGGCCACAGUACAGGAUUUGACAUGGAUGAAACUGACUUGGCUGCAAUGGAGCAGUGCCAUGGGGUGGUGGUUGCUUCUGCUAUAUUUGGAGCCUUUGAUGACAUUCAACAGCCAAGUAAUAUUAGUAUGUACUCCAAGCAGACUGUCUGCUUCUUCAUGUUUGUGGAUGAAGAAACAGAAGCAUAUUUGAAAAAGAAUGGUGGUCUAGACAGCAGCAGGAUGGUUGGAGUAUGGAGAAUUGUUCUUGUCCGUAAUCUUCCUUAUGCAGAUGGAAGACGCAAUGGAAAGGUACCAAAGCUUCUAUCACAUAGGCUUUUUCCAAAUGCCCGCUAUUCUUUAUGGAUUGAUGGGAAGCUUGAACUUGUUGUAGAUCCGCAUCAAAUCCUUGAAAGGCAUUUAUGGAGAAAAAAUGCGAGUUUUGCAAUUUCUAGACAUUACAAGCGCUUUGAUGUGUUUGUGGAAGCUGAGGCAAAUAAAGCAGCUGGAAAGUAUGAUAAUGCUUCCAUUGACUUCCAAAUUGAUUUUUACAAAAAGGAGGGUCUGACUCCAUAUUCUGAGGCCAAGCUUCCUAUCACAAGUGAUGUCCCUGAAGGAUGUGUAAUAAUAAGAGAGCAUGUCCCUAUUAGCAACCUCUUUACUUGUCUUUGGUUCAAUGAAGUUGACCGCUUUACAUCCAGGGACCAAAUCAGCUUUUCCACUGUAAGAGAUAAGGUUCAGGCAAAAACAAAUUGGACAGUCAAUAUGUUCUUGGACUGUGAAAGACGAAACUUUGUUGUUCAGAAAUACCAUAGAGAUGUUCUAGAGCACAUGGCUCCUCCUCCUCCUGUUUAUCCACCACCACCACCAACUCCACCAUCUGCUUUGGUGCAUGAAGCACCAUUUAAAACAGCGCUUGAAAAUUCUGAUGAAAAGGUUGUGAAUGGCCCAGUUCGGAGAGCAAGGCGGGGGAGGAAAUCUGGAUCAAGGCGUCACCGCAAAGUUGUUGCUGGUGGCAGGGACAUUGAUUCAAGUUAAAGUUUUGUUCAGGAAAAUUUGCCAUUCCCUGGUGGCGGGAACAUUGAUUCAAGUUAAAGUUUUGUUCAGGAAAAUUUGUCAUUCUUUUUCUUUCUCUCUGAAAAAUCAUUCAUUGCAGGGAUGGAAGAUUUGUGCAAGAUGAGUAUUGUAGUUCUUUUUACCACAGAGAACACUGGCUCUCAUUCUUUUUUUUCUUUUUUCCCUAGUUAUGAAUUCUCCUCUUUUAUUCUUUUCUUUUCUUUUCUUUCUAAAAUUCUUUUUUUUUGUUGUAUAUAUUAUAUAUAAUAUAAUUUCCAAUAAUUAUGAUAUGGGUUUCUACCCAAGUCCUGAAAUGUGGUAACCCAUCUUUUUGUUGUUCAGUAUUAUAACGAGGUUGUAUUGGAAAAAUCAUUUAAUAGGAAUUAUAUGUUUUCUUCGGUUCAGAAUGAAUAAAUUUUAUUUGCUCCUUGUAA